AUGAACCCGUGCUCCUGCAGGCCGGCCCGGCUCCGCUCCGGGCUCCUGCUGGCGGCGGUGCUCGCGCUGCUCCUGCAGACCCUGGUCGUGUGGAACUUCAGCAGCCUGGAAGGAGGAGGCGCCAGGAGCCGGGAAGGAGGCGCCAGGAGCCGGGAGAGGAGAGAGGAGCAGCCGCGGCUCGGGAAGGUGGCCGCUCGGCACCAGCUGCAGGCGGACGUCUACCGUUCCCACCGUCCCAAAGACAAACUUCCCCUGGACAGCAACAACAACGAGAACUCUGUCCCCAAAGACUUCGACUCCAUCGACAGCAACAGCAACCUCGCUACGCGUUCGCCACGCCAGCAAGUGCCGGUCGGGAACAGCAAACACAAGCUGGACAGAGUGCAGAGCAUUUUGGGAAAAUCUGCUAACGAGGUCCUCAAGUUGCCUCCGAUCCAACCCAGAGGGAUCAGGCCGGGUCGCAACCACACACGCAAAAUGAAACCCCGCCCCCAGACGCUCCCGGCACCGGCCCAGGGGUCCAAUCAGGAUCCGGCGCUCCUCUGGGCUAAGACGCCGGCCGGUCAGGAGCCGAGGAAAACGCCUCAACAGUGCGAGGUCAGCGGGAAGGAAGCCAUCUCCGCUCUGUCCCGAGCCAAGAGCCGCGGGUGUCGUCAGCAGAUCGUGGAGGUUUACUGCAAACACAAGGUCGGAGCGCUGCUGCCCGAGAGAGUUCCUCGCUACUGCCCCCUAGAAGGGAAGGCUAACGUGAACGUGCAGUGGGAUGCCCCCCCCGCGGACGCGCCCCCGCUCGAGCCCGUGCGGAUCGCCUUCGUCCUGGUCGUCCACGGCCGAGCCUCACGCCAGUUCCAGCGUCUCUUCAAAGCCAUCUACCACACCUCCCACUACUACUACAUACACGUGGACCAGAGGUCCAACUACCUCCACAGAGAGGUCCUCUCUCUGGCCCGACAGUUUCCCAAUGUCCGCGUGACUCCGUGGCGGAUGUCCACCAUCUGGGGCGGAGCCAGCCUGUUGACCAUGUACCUGCGCAGCAUGGAGGACCUCCUCAGAAUGAGCGACUGGUCCUGGGACUUCUUCAUCAAUCUGAGUGGAGCUGAUUACCCAAUCAGGACCAAUGAGCUGCUGGUGUCGUUCCUGUCAAAGUAUCGCAACAUGAACUUCAUCAAGUCUCACGGGCGAGAUAACGCACGUUUCAUCCGGAAACAGGGUCUGGACCGACUCUUCUACGAGUGCGACACCCACAUGUGGCGUCUCGGUGACCGCAAGAUCCCAGAGGGCAUAGCGGUGGACGGAGGCUCUGAUUGGUUCCUGCUCAACCGGCGCUUUGUGGAUUACGUGGUGAACUCCAGAGACGAGCUGGUUGGAAGCAUGAAGCGCUUCUACGCCUACACACUGCUGCCGGCUGAGUCCUUUUUUCACACUGUGCUGGAGAACAGCGCCCUCUGUGGCACCAUGGUGGAUAACAACCUGAGGCUCACCAACUGGAACCGGAAGCUGGGAUGUAAAUGUCAGUACAAGCACAUCGUGGACUGGUGCGGCUGCUCGCCCAACGACUUCAAGCCCUCCGACCUGCCGCGCUUCCAGCAAGUGACCAGACCCACGUUCUUCGCCAGGAAGUUUGAAGCCAGUGUCAGUCAGGAGAUCAUCAGCCAGCUGGACUGGUUCCUGUUCGGAGCGCUGGCCCCGGGCACGCCGGGCCUCCAGGCCUACUGGGAGAACGCCUACGAGCAGGAGACGGACGGGACCGCCAGCCUAUCGGACGCCGCGCUCAGCCACUACCACGCCUUCGCUCGGAUGGGGUUAUCCCGCGCUGCCAGCUCGCUGCAGGGACAUCCCGACGACAACAGCUGCAGGUUCGAUGCCGUGGGCCACCCGGUGUCCGUGCACCUCUACUUCCUGUCUGACCGGUUCCAGGGUUACCUCCUUCGCCACGUGGCCACGAACAGAGCCUCCACCCAGCUGGAGACGCUGGAGACCUGGGUCACUCCCAGAGACCACUUCAGCCCGGCCAGCCCCCCCCACCCCACCAGCAGGCUGCAGCAUGUCCAGGUGGGCGGCGACUGGGACCCGAAGGAGCGUCUCUUCCGGAACUGGGGGGGGGUGCUGGGCCCCCGGGACGAGCCGGUGGCGGUGCAGCGGUGGAGCCGCGGCCAGAGCAACCUGACAGCCACCGUGGUGUGGGUCGACCCCACCAAUGUCAUCGCCGCCACCUACGACAUCCUGGUGGACGCCGCUGCUGAGGUCACGCACUACCGGCCGCCUCUCACGCCCCCGCUGAGGCCCGGCGUGUGGACCCUGCGGGUACUGCACCACUGGAGCCCGCUCGGACAGACCAGCUUCAUCGUGGCACCGCUGGAGUUUCACAAACAACGGCCCACGGGACUCGAGGACGCCAUGCGGCUGCACGCUGGCCCCCCCAGGAACUCCUACAUGGAGCAGAGCUUCCACGGCCUCAACCCGGUGCUGCGGCUGCCGGUGAGCCUGGGCGCCGUGGAGGAGGCCGAGGCCAACGCCGGGCUGACGGGGGCGCCGCUGCGGCAGUGGCUGGACCGGCUGCUGGAAGGUCACUGGUCGGCCUCGGACGUCUGCUCCACGGGCCCCAGCGCCUGCCCCCCCAUGCAGCGCUGCAGCCGCACACUCUGGAGCGCCGACAGCCCCGACCCAAAGUCGGACCUGGGCACGCCCAGAGAGGACGGACGCAUCAGGUAG